AGUAACGUAAUAAAGCUGCUGGAUCCAAUCCGGGGGCAUAAUGUGUGGAUCAUGUUCGUCUGACAGACCUGUCCUCGGCUCUGCUUCUGCUCCCACACUGCCUGUUGCUUUCCGGUUCUUCUCCCAGUGUAACUGUCAGAGCAUAAUGGUGGCAUUUAAAGGGGUCUGGACCAAGGACUUCUGGAGGGCUGUGUCUGGAGAAUACCUUGCCACUCUCAUCUUUGUCCUCCUCGGUCUGGGCUCCACCAUCCACUGGGCCGCGGGGGAGGAGAAGCCUCCCCCAGCUGACCUCGUCCUUAUCUCCCUGUGCUUUGGGCUGAGCAUCGCCACCAUGGUGCAGUGCUUCGGCCACAUCAGUGGCGGACACAUUAACCCCGCGGUCACUGCAGCUAUGGUUGUAACAAGGAAGCUUAGCCUGGCAAAGGGAGUUUUCUAUGUGCUGGCUCAGUGCCUGGGAGCUGUUACAGGGGCCGGGAUCCUCUACCUCGUCACACCGGCUGCUGUCAGAGGGUCCUUCGGUGUGACAAUGGUGAACCCAAGCAUCUCAGUGGGACACGGCCUUCUUGUGGAGCUUCUUAUCACCUUUGAACUGGUCUUCACCAUCUUCGCCACCUGUGAUCCCAAACGCUCGGACCGGGGAGGCUCGGCUAGCCUCUCAAUAGGCUUUGCUGUAGCUAUUGGUCACUUAUUUGCAAUCCCCUACACCGGAGCCAGCAUGAACCCUGCUCGGUCCUUUGGGCCUGCUAUGGUCACACUUAACUUUGAGAACCACUGGGUGUACUGGGUGGGACCCAUUCUGGGGGGCAUCCUUGCUGCUGGACUGUAUGAGUACCUGUACUGCCCUGACCCCGUGAUGACGAAGAAGCUGAAGCAGGUCUUCCAGAAGGCCCCGUCUGGGAAAUACAGGGAGGUGGAGGCAGACGACAUUUCCACCAAGCCGGGGUCCCUCCACAGCAUCGAUCUGGAGAAAAAGGAUCUUUUCAAGGACUCGACGGGAGAAGUGCUGUCUUCAGUAUGACUAUCACGUGCACCGGAAAUGGAGACAAACCUGUAGAGCGGGAUGACCAUCAAACUUUUGGGCUUGUCCUCCUCAUCCAGAGCAGAGAAGGAUUUCUGCCCACAGAAAGGCAGAAUUACUCCCAUGGUCAUGAAGCUAAUAUGAUGUCACGGCUCAAUCCUGCUCUAUACUCCUUCCGGGGCCCUCCAUUAACAUUUUUGUAGCCAUGUCAGCGUGAGGGCGAGUGCACAUUGUGUUAGGGAAAUAUGUGUAAGGGUGAGGGAAGUAUGUGGGGGCAUCACGCUGAAUUGGAGAAAUUAAGAGGAAAAAGCAGGCUUGUUAUCUUUGGAUUAGUGUCACAUGUGGUACGUUUGCUGUAUGUGUAAUGACAGGAGAGCGUUUCCUUGUAAUCAUUAAGCACAUUAGGGUCCCAAGCGAUGCAUGUUCAACUCUGACAAGCUUUAUCACCAGCGCUGCUUUACGGCGCUCUCUGCUUGCAGUGCUUCAGUCAGCAAAACAACCAGUUAAUGGACAACGUUGUUGUUUGUGGAUUUAUUAACACAAAACCAUUUUAUUUUUUAGUAAAAAAUGUGAUAUUUUGCUGUUUUUAUACACCUAGAUUUAGAUCCUGUAAUACAUGUAGUAUUUCUUUGUGUGAUUUGCUGUGUUUUCAACCACUUUCAUUGUUUAGAUGUUUAGCUCUGUCUUUAAUUAGCAUUAGUUCAGCUCUUGUGUUACUAUCAUAAAAGGCAAGCACCAACAUGUUAUAACAAUAAAGGUUUUCCAA